AUGGCAGACGACAGCAUAUAUAUCAACCGCCCAACGGCGAAAGCAUACGACGUCCCAUACGAACCGCCACCGCCGGGUGCAAACCCAGUGCUGCGAGGUCUGCCUCUUUCAAUCGCCGCCACGAUCAUCUCAAAGACGCCUUUUCUCCAACGGUUCCUCUGGUCCAACGCUGGCUUUGGAAAAGUGCACGACAUCCCGGAACUGGAGCAUAUAGAACCUCGCUACGACCCGACUGUGAUCAAGACCAGCCGCAGUAACAUCACUGGGACCGUUCGGUCCAAUGAUGAAUUCCUCGCAUCGCUCUCUGCGGAAGACUGGUCAUCGAAGCGACCAUUUAAGUCGGUGUACUUCUCUUCCCUGGACUACCAUGAAGCCUACAAAUCUGGACGUCUCACGCCGACACAGGUCGUCGAGACGCUUUUGCCGCUGAUUAGGAGAGAUGUCGAGGGCGCGGAGCACUCGGUAGCUUUCCUCUCGGUGAAGGCGGAUCUGGUCAAGAAAGCGGCAGAGGAGAGCACAGAGCGAUAUCGAGCUGGCAAAUGGCGAAGUCCUAUUGACGGUAUACCCAUGGCUGUCAAAGACGAAGAAGACCUAACCGCCCACCCCAAAUCCCUCGGCUCCCGCCUCUCCUACACCCACCCCUCGGACGCCACCUCCCACGCCGUCCGCCUCUGGCUCUCCGCCGGCGCCCUCUGCCUAGGCAAAACCACCAUGCACGAACUCGGCCUCGACACCACCAACUGCAACCCCGUCCACGGCACCCCGCGCAACCCGCACAACCCGCACUACUACUGCGGCGGCAGCUCAGGCGGCAGCGCGUACGCUGUGGCGUCCGGGAUCGUGCCGCUGGCGAUGGGCAAUGAUGGGGGCGGGAGCGUGAGGAUCCCCGCGGCGUUCUGUGGGGUGUACGGGUUGAAGACGAGUCAGGGAAGGGUGGGGAUUGGGCCGACGGCGAAUUUGGCGCGGAGUAAUGGGGUCGCGGGGCCGAUUGGGGGGUGUAUGGUGGAUGUGGAGUUGGGGUAUAGGGUUAUGGCGCAGCCUGAUCCCAACGAUUCGAUGUCUGCGAUGUGGACGCCGCCAGCACCUACCCCUAUGAGCGCCGAUGGCAACAAGAAAGUCCUAGGCAUAUUCCGCCCCUGGUUCGACCGCGCCGACCCUGAAGUCCACUCCCUCUGCACCACCGCCCUGGAACAUCUCACCAAAACCCUAGACUACGAAUUCAUCGAAAUCACCCUCCCCCACCUCCCGCACGGCCAACUCGCCCACGCCCUCACGAUCCUCUCCGAAAUCGCCACCGGGGUCCCGCGCUCCACACUCCCUUCCCUCACAGCGCCGAAUAAAAUCCUGUUGUCGUUGGGGCACACGACGCCGGGAGUGAGUUUCUUGCAGGCGCAGCGGUUGAGGGAGGUGAUUAUGCGGCAUUUGAGCGCUUUGUGGGAGGAGCAUCCGGGGAUGAUUUUGAUUACGCCGACGACGCCGAAUGCGGGUUGGAGGAUUAAUGAGGCGGAUCUUGGGUAUGGGUGUUCGGAUGGGGAUAAGAGUAUACGCAACAUGGAAUACGCCUGGUUAGCGAACUUCUCCGGCUGUCCGAGUAUCAGCGUUCCUGUGGGGACGGUGGAGGCGGAAGGGGGAGCGGUGCCGGUGGGUUUGAUGGGUAUGGGGGAGUGGGGGGAUGAGGAGGGACUGAUAGGAUGGGGUUAUGAGAUGGAGAGGUAUAUUAACGAGGUCAAGGAGGGUGGGAGGGCGAAGCCGGGGAAUUUUGUGGACGCGGUGUGGGCGGAGACGGUGGGAUAG